AAUGGACCAAGCCCUGGUUUACUCACAUCUGUCCAGUAUUUAAGGCACAGUACCACAGAUGUCAGAGUAAAUAUAGACUCUCACAUUACAAUAACUGGACAAGAACAUCUGCGCAAGGAUGAAGACAUUACAUGCAAUGCUACUGGUGCUGUUUGUUGCAUCAGUCUUUUCAAAACCAUUUCCUUUGCGCAGAAGAUUUGAUUCAUCAGAAUCUGUGCAAUCUAGUUUCAGUUCAGAGGAAAAUGAUUCAAGCAGAGAAGACAGGGAUGAUUCACGGUCCCAAGAGAAUUCUGAUUCAAACGAGUCUAACUCACGUGAAUCUUCGGAGGAAGAUACCAGAGUUGUGCCAAGCACAAGAAGUCCACCGACCACUCGCAAGACAACAACACCAUCAAUGAUCACUCUUGAGACAACAACAACCACUCUUGAGACAACAACACCAUCAACGACCACUGACAUGACAACAACAACAUCAACGACCACCGAGAUGACAACAACACUAUCAGCAACCACUGAAAAGACAACAGCACCCUCAACUAUCACAACACACAUCAUCACACAGUGUAUUACUGUACCAAGGGGUGAUGGUAAUGUUAUCUUGCAGUGUGUCUAAUAAAUCAUCUUUUCAUGCAAAACAAACAAACUAAAAAGGUGAAUGUUUAAAGGUGUACAAUUCAAGUAAUGUUUAUAUGCUGAUGAUGAAGGUCUUGAUACUGAAUGAUGUAACUUUUAAAAUGAUCUACUUUUAAUCUGCAUGCCCCUAUGGUUUUAAGUGCAUAUUUAGAAUAAAAAUAUUUCAA